CACAGUUUCAUCAUGUUGCUGUUUUCGAUUUUCCUUGCAAGUCACCCACGGCAUUAAUCCCACUAUAGAAAACCCCAACCUAUUGCCCCAACCUCACGCUACAAAUACCCUUCCACACUCCACCACUCGUGAAUACCAUCUCAUUGCAUUCGAUCACAUCCAACCCCACUUCCCAAAAAGCCUUAACCAAAGGUUCCCUUCUAUAGCUGCACCAAAAAAUGGAGGGUAGAGAAGAGGAUGUGAGAGUUGGAGCCAACAGGUACGGAGAGAGGCAACCCAUAGGAACCGCUGCACAGGGCCAACAUGCCAAAGACUACAGAGAGCCACCCUCUGCGCCCUUCUUCGAGCCUCGCGAGUUUUCAUCGUGGUCUUUCUAUAGGGCUGGCAUAGCAGAGUUUGUGGCCACCUUCUUGUUCCUUUACAUCACGGUUUUAACUGUCAUGGGUGUCGCCAAAUCCAAGACCAAGUGUUCCACCGUUGGUGUCCAAGGCAUCGCUUGGGCUUUUGGCGGCAUGAUCUUUGCUCUUGUUUAUUGCACUGCUGGCAUCUCAGGGGGUCAUAUUAACCCAGCAGUGACGUUUGGACUAUUCUUGGCACGUAAGCUCUCUCUGACAAGGGCAAUUUUCUACAUAAUUAUGCAGUGCUUGGGUGCUAUUUGUGGGGCCGCUGUAGUUAAGGGGUUCCAGCCACACCAGUAUGAGAGGCUUGGUGGUGGUGCAAACACACUCAGUAAAGGGUACACCAAAGGUGAUGGCCUUGGAGCAGAGAUUGUUGGCACAUUUGUGCUUGUUUACACUGUCUUCUCUGCCACUGAUGCCAAAAGAAAUGCUAGAGAUUCCCAUGUUCCAAUUUUGGCACCACUACCUAUUGGUUUUGCUGUAUUUCUGGUGCAUUUGGCUACAAUUCCUAUCACAGGUACAGGUAUCAACCCUGCUAGAAGUCUAGGUGCAGCCAUUGUAUACAACAAGGACCAAGCUUGGGAUGACCAUUGGAUUUUUUGGGUAGGGCCUUUCAUUGGGGCAGCACUUGCAGCUCUGUACCAUCAAGUAGUGAUUAGGGCCAUUCCCUUCUCGUCGAAGUGAUGCAACAUUUAUGAUGACUUUGAAUCAAUGCCUGAAAAAUAAAGUAGAAACUAAUUGAGUCCAAGCCAGGAUUCCCAUGUAAAAGAUGUUCCUAUCACUUCUGCUAAUGAUUUUCCAUUACUAUUAUUAAUUUAUAUAUAAUUUACCCGUUAUGUAUUUGGAGAUGCAAUCCAACUUCAUUAAUUACCGAAAUAGUAUGGUAUAUGCAUGGUUUAUUUUUCUUUAUUAAAUAACAGAUAUAUUUGCUAGAG